AUGUCGUUUAUCGAUCCGGAACUUGUCCAUAAGUGGGGACAUACCUUCUCGAUAAUUUCAAUCGUGCCGUUUCCAAAGAAAGAACUUUUGUUUGCGGGUACACAGGAUUCCAAAAUUCUAGUCUUCAAUUUGUGCACUUACAAUUUAGUGCGCACAAUUAGAUUAGGCGAUUCCCACGAGACUAACACGAGGUCAAGUGUUUUAUGUCUUGAGAGAUCAAUCGAUGAAAACUACUUAUUUUCUGGUGGUACCGAUUCUUUGGUGAGAAUAUGGUCUAUUUACGAUGUUGAUAGGCAAGACGGAUCAGUUCAAGUAGAAGAAGUGGCAACAGUUUACUCUGUAACGGACAUCGGAGAUAUUUUCUCAUUGCAGUACCUCGAUUCUUUGCAAACGUUGGUAUUCGGUUGUCAAAAUGCCAGCUUGCUCUAUUUGGACAAUGUGUUUGAUAGACUCUUGGCAGACACUUCACAGUCUUCUAGUAGUAUGAAUCGGUUGCCACAUUUGAGAUAUGACAAGUUCUUCGACUCGCUGGGGCCAUCAGGACAUACAAGUCAUGAUCAUGCUUCGAAGGAGCCUUCACAUUUAAGGCAGACAGAAUUAUCAUCAAACGCCCUUCGUAAAAGUAUUUCACAGGAGGGUGCAAUCAAUCAAAUUCUAGAGAUCCCAUCAGAGAAUAUUAUACCCUACGCUCAUAACGGCUUUGUUUACAGUAUUUGUAAACUUUGUCUCCUAUGCAGUUCACUUUUGGGAAAUGAUGUUAGCUUCAAGUAUCCUGUAAAGCAACACGAUUGCCAACAUGCUUUUGAGUGUAAGGAAGGUGCUAACGAAAUAAACGAAUGUAUUAUCUCUGGUGGUGGUGAUGGAAUUAGUAAAGUUUGGUUUCUUAAAAAAGAUAGAGAAGGCUCUGUUUCUAUGAAUUUGAUAGCUACGGAACUCAAUAAUGAAGAAACAGUUUUAGCUCAAGCCACAGAAUUCCCCUUCUUAUAUUGUGGUCUCUCUGAUGGUAUUGUUAAGAUAUGGGAUUUAAGCACAAAACAGGUUGUUUCCACGUUAUAUACUCCUGAUAAAUCUGAUAUCAUUUCAAUAUCAGUAUACAAGGACCAUAUCUUCGCGAUAAACGAAGCUGGCGUUACACUGUUUUAUGAAAAUGAAAUAAGACAUUGGAAUCCUCAACGAGGUAAAAUGUUGAGUUGCGAUGUAUUUGCUCGAUUUUCAAAGUCUUCAGAAAAGCAGAUGAGUCUCUUGGUGGGCAGUAACGACGGCUCACUGACUUUAUGGGAUUUAUCAAGCGUAUUAUCCUAUGGUAACGCGAAAGAUUAUCUGAGGAAUGGACAUAUCCAUCCGAGAGAGAGUUUCAUGCAGCACUCUGAUCCGGUACAACUAAAUAAUGAAGAUAUGUUAUCAACACUUCGUGAAUUAAUAGCCUUCCCCUCGGUUUCCCAAUCGGCUGAUACAUUGGAAAAGCUUGCAUCGAGACGUUGUGCUUCAUAUUUGCAAAAGCUCUUCAUGAGGCUCGGAGCAGAGUCUUCACAAUUGCUCGCACUUGAAACAGGAGAUAAUCCUAUUGUAUUUGCUUCCUUCAAAGGUAAGGCGACAUCUACAAGAAAACAACGUAUUUUGUGGUAUGGUCAUUAUGAUGUUAUUCCAGCUUCAAACGACAAACAUUGGAAAUCAGAUCCAUACACUUUGACCUGUGAAGAUGGAUACAUGAAGGGACGAGGAGUUAGUGACAAUAAGGGACCACUUAUUGCUGCAAUUUAUAGUGUUGCCUCAUUGUUGAAUAAGGGUGAGCUGUCUCAUGAUAUCGUAUUUUUGGUAGAAGGAAACGAAGAAAUUGGAUCCCCCGGUCUCGAACAGGUCUGCAAAGAUAAUCUUGAACUCAUAGGACCAAAUAUAGAUUGGAUUUUUUUAAGUAAUUCCACUUGGGUCGAUCAAACACAUCCAUGUUUGAACUACGGUUUGAGAGGAGUGAUAAACGCACAGAUUUCUAUUACUAGUGAUGAAUCUGACAGGCACUCUGGUAUUGAUGGUGGUACACACAGGGAGCCAACAGCAGAAUUGGUAAAUGUUGUCAGCAAGUUGCAAGAUGAUUCGGGUAAGAUUUUGAUACCCAAUUUCUACGAUGCUCUGAAGCCAAUAAGCCCACAAGAUCGUAAGAGACUAGAAAAAAUUAUCGAAGUAGCAUCUUUUAAUAAAAAGAAAACAGUUGAAGAACUAGUGAUGAAUUGGACCAAGCCUUCUUUGUCGGUCACUACCAUGAGAGUAAGCGGACCCGGCAAUAUAUCGGUUAUUCCGCAAUGUGCUCUUAUUGGCAUAUCCAUCAGAUUAGUACCAGAGCAAGGCGUCGCAGAAGUAAAAGCUGCCUUGAAUGGGUAUUUAACCGAAUGCUUCGAUAAUUUGAAAUCGAAAAAUCAUCUGAAAAUCGAGAUCGUCAAUUCUGCAGAAGCUUGGUUAGGUGAUCCAACAAAUCAUGCCUACAAGAUCAUCAGAGAUGAGAUUGCUAAUGCGUGGAAGGUAGAACCACUGUUCGUAAAAGAAGGUGGCUCCAUCCCUUGUAUAAGACCAUUAGAAAGGAUCUUCAAUGCUCCUGCAGUGCAAAUCGCUUGUGGCCAAUCCACAGAUAACGCUCAUUUGGACAACGAAAACUUAAGAAUUGAGAACUGGUCCAAGAUGGCGAUUGUACUCUCAAAUGUAUUUAGAAAACUGUGA